AUGGAUGGGAGGCCAGAUGGUGAUGCGAGGCGUAUGUGGUGGCGCUCCGAUUUGAGUCGGGAUUACGUCCAGAUUCAUAACGGAGAUGAGACGGCCAUUCUUGCGCAUCCACUAACAUGUUAUGAUCCAGUAGAUUGGGAGUUCCUCUACAGACACUACUUCUUCACCGAGAAUUUCAAGGUGGAGAUGGAACAAGUGAUUAACGACAUGCCUGAUAUCUCCGACUUCAAAGUACAUAUUGUUUAUAUGGGAAGUCUUCCUGAAGGAGAGUAUUUAGCAAAUUCCCAUCAUAUUAGCUUACUUCAAGUUUUGGGACAUAACAACAUUAUGGCAGAAAAGCUAUUAUUAAAAAGUUAUACAAGAAGUUUUAAUAGUUUUAGUGCCAAUCUUACUGCACAAGAAGCAUUGAAGUUGAAAGACAAAGAAGGAAUUGUCUCUGUUUUUGAAAGUCGCAAACUUCAAGUUCAAACGACAAGAUCAUGGGACUUCAUGGGAUUAUCCUUGAAGAUUCCAAGAAGUCCUUCUAUUGAGAGUGAUAUAAUUAUUGGUCAUAUUGACACGGGUGUAUUACCUGAAUUAAAGAGCUUAUCUGACCACAAUUUACGCCAUAUUCCAAAAAAAUGGAAAGGUGUUUGUCAUGGCGGAAAAAAUUUCACUUGCAACAAGAAGUUAAUUGGAGCGAGAUAUUAUGCCGGAGAGUCAGCAAGGGAUAUAGAUGGUCAUGGCAGCCAUAGUGCCUCUAUAGUGGCCGGAAGGGUUGUGAAUAAUGCUAAUUUUGUUGGUAUAGCAAAUGGUACUGCUAGAGGAGGUGUUCCAUCUGCAAGGAUAGCAACAUACAGAAUAUAUGAUAAAUAUUGUUAUGAUACAGACGCUAUGGCCGCUUUUAAUGAUGCAAUUGCUGACGGUGUUGACAUUAUCACAAUCUCAAUUGCAUAUCCUACCCCAGUUAAGAUUAGUGAAAGUGUAAUUGCAAUCGGCUCUUUUCAUGCAAUGCAGAAAGACAUUUUAACUGUACAAGGUGCAGAAAAUUCUGGUAUUAACAUCUUAAAAACUGUUACAAGCAAUGCACCAUGGUUGUUUACUGUGGCUGCGAGUAGUAUCGACAGAAAAAUUAUCAAUAAGCUUGUUCUUGGAAAUGGUCGAACACUCAUUAGCAAUGCAUUGAGUCCUUUAGGCACAGGAAUACACAACAAGAGGUUGGUGUAUGGAAGAGGAAUCACCCAUCAUUGUAAUGAAUCAAGUGCAAUGCAAUGUGUCUAUGGUUGCAUUGAUCCAGACUUAGUCAAGGGAAAGAUUAUAGUAUGUGAUGCCAAUGUCGAUAAGUCGGAUGCUGUAUUUGCAGCUAUGGAUGCCAAUGCAAGUGGGGUUAUUCUUCGUUCAACCAAUGAUUCUUCAUUCACACCUUUUCCCACUGCAGCUUUGAAUGAUCCUGAUUUUCAUUAUAUUCAGUCUUACCUGAAAUCCAAGAAAAAAACAAAUGCACGCAUACUAAAGAGUGAGACUGUUAAGUUUCAUGCUCCCAUAGUUGCUUCAUUCUCUUGUAAAGGGCCAAACAUUAUUUUACCAGAAAUUUUAAAGCCUGAUAUAACUGCACCGGGAAUAAAUAUUUUGUCAGAAUAUCCAACAAACAUUAUUCCCGACAAACUUACUAGUAAGUACACUAUUUCAAGCGGAACAUCCCUUUCAGGUCCCCAUGUUGCUGGCGCGGUUGCUUAUGUGAAAUCAAAACAUCCUAAUUGGUCAGCUUCAGCUAUUAAAUCAUCUCUUAUGACUACAGCUUGGACCAUGAAUAAAAAAUACAAUUUAGAUGCUGAACUUGGAUAUGGAGCAGGACACAUUGAUCCAGUGAAGGCGGUAUAUCCUGGGCUUGUAUACGAGACAUUUACAGACGAUUAUAUUAAUAUGUUUUGUAGUCUUGGUUUAGAAGGAGAAAAGUUGAUAAAGAUGUUAGGAGCAAAACAUAAAUGCCCUAAGGGUAUAAGAACGUCUGCAAAGGAUCUCAACUACCCAACAAUGAGUGCCCCCGUGUAUAGUAAUUUGUCUUUCACAAUUCAGUUUACAAGAAUUGUGACAAAUAUUGGACAUGCUAACUCUACAUAUCACGCACAAAUUAGUACUGAAGAUAAUAACAUCUAUGUCAACGUGGAGCCAAGUGUAAUCUCUUUUGUUAGACUGAAUCAGAGAAAAAAGUUUGUAGUGACAGUUAGUGGACAAUGGCCAAACCAAGAUCAUGUUUCAUGUUCCUUAAUUUGGUUUGAUGGUAUUCAUAGGGUUAAAAGUCCUAUUCUAUUGUAUCGUGCAUCUAUCAUUUGA